AGAAGAAGAAGAAGAAGUAGGAGAAGAAGAAGUAGAAGAAGAAGAAGAAGACAGGAAGCAGCUGUAUCGGUGGUGCGUAACAGAAGUUGUACAAAGAACCUUAAACACUACAUUGCGAUGAUCACAGACGACAUGGACAACUAAAUAUAGAGAAAAUAGAGAGAUGUGACAUGAUGGCCAGAUGUGGUUCCGUGGCCGUCCUGCAACCCCCAGUGUUGACACUGAUGUGGUCCUUUCUGCUGCUGCUUGUCAGUCCAGUGUGGUCCUUCCAGGGGGCAGAGCGUCUCCCCCCGCCGAGUCAGGUCCACGCUGACCCCCUCCGGUGGUCCGCCCCGCCCAACCACACCGGUCUGUCCUACACCGUUCAGCGUAGAGGCUUUGAAGCUGAGCGGUGGAGCGACUUCCUGCCUUGUGUCAAGACCCAGAAGACCUCCUGUAAUGUAACCAUGCAGGACGCGGAGGCUAGCUGUGUCCGUCUUCGUGUUCUUGCACAUGGACACAGCUUGACUUCUGACCCUGAGGAAGCAUGCAGCCAACAAGGUUCCUCCUGCAGCCCCGAGGUCCAGCUGAGCGCCCAGCCCGGCAGCCUGACGGUGCUCCUCCGCGCGGACCACCCGCGCAUCCUGGAGUACGGAGCCUUCAUGAAAUACCUCAUCUACCUGGGCCGGGAGGGGGAGCCCCUGGAGGAGUACGCCCAAUCUCCGUCGUCGCUGGUGAUCAAGGAGCUGGAGGAGGGGGGGCGGUACUGUGUCAGAGUGGGCCUCGUCUACCACGGGGUCCGCAUAGGGCCCCCCAGCUGUGUCAAGUGUCAAGACAUUCCCCAAUCGGGUGAGCGGGCCAGGCAGCUGUUGGUCAACCUGGUUCUGGGGAUCUCCGUCACGGCGGUGCCGGUGGUUCUGUUGGUGUUCUACUUCCUUCUCUUCCAGAGCCGGAGGAUCAAGGAGUGGAUGCGACCGCCCUAUGUGGAACCAAAUUGCAUCAGAGAGCUUCGUCCCGUGGAUCCGGCUCUCACCUACCAACCCAUCGAAGAGCAGUGCGACCGCAUCUCCCUCAUCCAACCCUCCGCCUGAGCCUUCCCUAAGCCAUCCCUUCACAGCGGACUCCCAGAGAACACUAAUGAGAACGGAGCUCUUGUCAUUUUUUUAGGAUGAACCAUUACCAACUAUGAUGUUUUUUUAUUUACACUUUUUUUAAUGUUCUACAAAAACUUCAGAACAGUCAUCAUUUAAUUCAUGACAUAAUUGUGUGGCGGCCACUAGUGACGGCUGUACCAGCACCAGCAGUGUUCAUUUACUUGACUUCAUGUAACCUAAUAUUGACCACUAGAUUAUGCACACAACCAAACUUGAUUUCGAUUUGAUUAAACUGGGGCACUGGUAUGACAUCCAUUUACAUAAUUUAUUAAAUAAAACUUGAUAGUAAAAUAACUGACUAGAGCAUGUGUACUUUUAUUCACAAUGGUUUAAAAGUAUUCAGAAGUAAUUUGGUUUGGAUACAAAAUGAGGGUCAGGGUCAGGGUCUUCCCUUCGGAUCGGCAUCACACCCUCAGCACUCCGAACAGCAGCUGUUAUCUCGCCGGUAUCAAAUGUGAAGCAGCACAUCAAAACACUGCCUAGGUCAACUGGUCAAACUGGCCCGUGGCCAUCCCUUAAUGUUGACAUGUCUGUGGUCAUGGUGAAUGUAUCAGGAUUGCAAAUAAAUGGAAGAAACUUUGAUUGCUAAUUGUUCCACACCACAGCCUUGAUACAGAGGUCCAGGGUUAGAAGGUCACAUGGAUGGAUUGUUAAGUCCUGGCCCUCUCCACCACCACCACCUGGUUCCUAGUCUGGUGGGGACUAAUACAUGAACCUCUGUUGCUUAUUUUCCCUUUUAUCCAUGCAUAUUCUUCAGCACUUAUAAUAGAUAUUAGUAAUUCCCAUCCCAAGCAGUGGGAU